AGUCACCCGCCAACUGAUCCACUGAUUGUGAUCAUCCGCCGCAGACCCAGUGGUGGUCGCGUAUGUCUUAACCCAUCCAUCGAUACCACCGAAGAAUAUACCGUUUGUUAUCUCAAGAGACACCACACAUAACGUGGCCACUGAUUGGCUAAUCAAUUGUGUCUCAGGCCUGCGAUCAGACCACUGGUGAGAGCGGAUCAUCAGUGGUAAUGAUGUCUACAUCACCGAUGCCUUUACCGAAGAAGAGUACGCCAUCGAAGUCCACACCGAAGAGCGCGACAACACCGUCGCCGUCGACAACACCGACGGCCAGCGGCGGUGCGACUGUCGCCACACCUACUCGACGAUCGUCGUCGACGUCGGCCACCGCUUCCACGGCCGCCGCCAGCGAUCAAAACGCCGAUAGAAAGUCAAUACUGGAAGUGACCGACAGUGACAUCGACGAAGAGAUGGCUAAAGACAAUAACAAUCUCCAGUCGGAGACCAUCGAUGGCUUCGACUUCGAUACGCCCGAAGAGUUUUUGCUGUACCACUCGCGCACCGGGAAUCUCAAAGUGGUCGAAAAGCUCAUACUAUUGGCCACGAAGAACGAGAUUGAAUUGGAUCUUAAUUGCAAAGGCAAACAGAAGAGUAACUACGGCUGGAGUCCAAUACAUUUGGCCGCGUAUUUCGGACACUUUAAUGUCAUCGAAGAACUGCUUCAAAACAACGCCGACGUGAAUAUAGUGAACGAAACGGGCGACACAGCCCUGCAUAAGGCCGCCUACACGGGCCGCGAGGACAUUGUCGUACGGCUGGUGGCGGCCAACGCCGACGUA